CCCUGAUCUGGUGUAUACUGGUCAGAGUGCCUGCUAAAGUCUAAGGAAAAGGGAAAAGGUUCAGUAAUGCUUGAUCCCUGGAAUAAAAGAGGGGAUGAAUUACAGUUGAAUUCAAUAAGAUUUAAAUGUUGGUGGGGAGGCACUAUUAAAUGCCUUAGCUUUGUUGUAGGAAAAUGAGAAAAGGCAACAACUGCACACACACAGCAUUCCAAAUAAAAUCAAUUCAGUCAUUCUAGGUAAUUAUUAGCACCGUAAAUAAGGUUUUGUGUUUCAGGUGUGUACAUUGCAAGAAGAGAUUGACAAGACAUUAUGUCUUGUGCUUGAAUAUCUAUAAGCAGACCGUUCUUAAUCCUUGUUCUUCCUGCCUUGUUGCUUUCUGUUGCUUAUCUCCAACUUUAUAGAAUGUAGAUUGGACUACUUUUACUGGCUUUGUCCAAUCAAGGAUAAUAUAGCAUCUAUGAUGUCCUGAGCCCAGCCAGCAAAUUGAACAUUAUCUAGAGACUAAGUCUAUCUUCCAAAAAAUGCUGAUAGAAUUAAAUGAUCACAUGGAAUGAUCUCUGUCUCUCUCUUUCUCCCUUCUUUCUUCUCUCUCUCUGUUCGUGUGUGUGUUUAUUAUGCCAUUUCCAGGUCUGUAUUGUGGGAAUCAAAGCACUUUGAGACCAGUACAAUCUUUUGCCUCCUGAAAGAAAUCAUGCAAGGGACCAAAAAAAAAAAUCCAUCGAUUGCUCUAUACACUACACAGCAAGAAGGAACAGAAUUUGAAAAAUUCAUGUCUGUCUAUUCUAUUCACAGCACUUUUGUCCAGCCUGUUGCAUUUCAAAUCUGUCACAUAAAAACUCAGAUCAGGCAAUAGCAACAUUAGUUGGAAUGACAAGAACUAUAAUUUAAUGCAGAAAAUUGGUUCAUCCGCAAGCUGUGAGAAAUUCCAGUGAUUCAACUGGAAAACCACACUUACAUUAUUUCUGGUUGCACAACAGCUGUGCUGAAAACACACUGGUUCAGCUGCCAAAUACAACAAUAUUAGGGGAUCACAAUGCAAAAUUCAAAUUUUUCUUGGUGUGGUUCUUUAAGAAGCAAGCAAUUUAAACAAAAUAGGAAAAUGUUUAGCAUACAAUUCAGUUUUAAAAUAUGGAGCAUAUUGACUGGAUACAGAACAUAGAUGACAUUUCUUGAAGCAAAAUGACAAAAGGAGAAAUGAAAAUGCCAUAUUGAUGUAAAUAGUUUCUUAAGACAUCUAGAAAGUCUUAAAGUUGCCAAGGUUGGAGACCCCUGAUCUGGUGUAUACUGGUCAGAGUGCCUGCUAAAGUCUAAGGAAAAGGGAAAAGGUUCAGUAAUGCUUGAUCCCUGGAAUAAAAGAGGGGAUGAAUUACAGUUGAAUUCAAUAAGAUUUAAAUGUUGAUGGGGAGGCACUAUUAAAUGCCUUAUUGCGACAGAGUGAGAGCUCAUUGUCUCUACCAUAUCUCGAUCUUUCCUCAGCCCAAUUAGAUAGGCAUCUCAAUUGCGUUUCGAUCGUUUAGCUAUACUAUCAUAUGUAAAGCUGAGAGAGAAACCCAUAUAAUACCAAGCAAAGGAGGCUGAUAUUUUUUUAUGUGUGGAUUUAUAGCUCACCUUUUCACCAUCAGUUCCAUAUUUGCUUCUCCAAUGUUAUCCACAAAGUAAGUAUCUGGGUUGUUAAAAUGGUGGCCUGUGGGCUGGACGCGCAGGCCACACCCUCCCCCAGCUUUGCAAAUGGGAAAAACAUCAUGAAACAUCACAUGACAGUAACAUGACACCACGAGUUUGACACCCGUGACUUAGGCUGUCAGAUAGCGAUUGAACCUAUCCAGGGACAGAAUUCAGUUCUCAUGGCAGCAUCAGGAUAUAAACCAGAGUCAUUCUCAAUCUUAAUCAAAUUGUAAUUGCUACAUUACUUUGAAAGGAAAGUAAUGUAAGAAAAACUGAAGGUCCAACAUUGUGAAAAAGUGACAGGGUAGAAUGCUGUACACAAAGUAAAUAUUCUUAGAACAUGUGGCUUAAGGACAAGUUUUCUAAAGAUUCUUUGAUUCACUCAGCCAACAGUCCAGUGGUGGGUUUCAAAAUUUUUUUACUACCGGUUCUGUGGGUGUGGCUUGGUGGGCGUGGCAUGGCUUGGUGGGUGUGGCUUGGUGGGCAUGGCAGGGGAAAGAUACUGUAAAAUCUCCAUUCCCACCCCAAUCCAGGGGAAGGUUACUGCAAAAUCACCAUUUCCUCCCCAUCAGCUGGGACCUGGAAGGCAGAGAAUAGAUGGGGGCAGGGGCAGUCAGAAUUUUUACUACUGGUUCUACGAACUACUUAAAAGUUCUGCUACCGGUUCUCCAGAACUGGUCAGAACCUGCUGAAACCCACCUCUGCAACAGUCCUGGCAGGUCUGCUUGAUUUCCUGAAAUGUUCCCACACAGACAUGAGUGUCUCUUUUAUUUUGUCCUUGUUUCAAAGCAUCUUUCUAGGAUCUCCAUAAAAACCUAUAAAUUGACUUUAGAAGUUACCAUGUGGAUUUCCUUAGAGUUUGGCCACAAGGAAAUAUUUCAGUGAGAGGCUGCUGAUUCUUUCUGAUAUACACCCUCUUUACUGCAAAAGCAAAUAUGCAAAACAAAAACCAAAUAGAAUUGUCUGCACAAAGGUCUAUAUGGCUAAAGCAGGUGGUUUCUUUCCACGGUUCUUUCCCUGGCUCAAGGCCUGUGAGGCUUUUGAUCCUUUCACAGGAGCUGGUAGGCAUUGUAGCUUGGCCACCAGGGGGCCUGUGGUCCAACAAAAGGGGAUUGAAAUGAAUUACUGAUUUUUUUUCCCCUUUUUUAAUUCUGCCCAGAGAUCUGAGGGAAUAAACAGCAGCAGUGAGCUGGCAAAGCAGACCAAAGUGUCUCUCUGUCGUCGCUCAAGCUGGACUGAAACUCCAAUCUCCUCGUUUACUCUCAUUCAUGCCCCCAGCCCUAUUUUAAGACCACAAGUCAAAGUGAAGAAACUUUUUCCUUUUUGUACCGAGGGCAGUGACAUCUCUGUUCAUUCGGUGAAUUGCUUUCUCUGCAUCUCUUCUCUUUACCUCUGUUUUGCAGAAGGAAGGAUGUCUUUCCCUUGGACAGGUAUGCUUUUGCUUGGUUUUCUGCAGCCACUGGAAACCCUGAUGAAAGAAGGAGCUGUCUCGUAUAUUGAAGAAAACUAUGCACCCUUCAGAAUGGAGGCAAAGGCUGGAGAGGAUCAUUUAAAAAGAAACAUCAACUCCCAAGGCGUCCUGAUGGAGUUACUUGGAGAACUGGGCAGGAUGAGAGACUCAGGACUAACUGGCAACCAUGAAGAGCAACAGUUCUCAGAAGAACAGCUGAGGUGGAGGAGAAGAACGCGUAGAGGAACAAAAGACGAUGGGCAGUCAGUUCAGCAAUAUGUUCCAGGAGUCAAAGUAGAAUUUCCUCGGCCUGCGAACCCAGCCACUUUACAGCCAACGAAGCCUCCAGCACCAUCCAGCACAGAUCCUUUGGAACCCCACCAACAGAGCCCGGCAGUCUACGGUGAUAGAGAGGCCCAGGUUAAUAGAACUGCGGCACUAGGAAAGCGUUUUCAGAUACAGAACCCUCUCUAUCCAGUGACAGAAAGCUCCUAUAGCGCUUAUGCUGUCAUGUUCCUGUCCCUCAUUGUCUUUGCUGUGGGCAUCGUUGGGAACCUCUCGGUCAUGUGCAUUGUCUGGCAUAACUACUAUAUGAAAAGUGCCUGGAAUUCCAUUUUGGCCAGUCUUGCUUUCUGGGAUUUCCUUAUCCUCUUCUUCUGCCUACCUGUGGUCAUCUUCAAUGAAAUUACCAAGACGAGGCUGCUGGGAAACUUUUCCUGUCGCCUUGUGCCCUUCAUGGAGGUGACUUCUCUGGGAAUCACCACCUUCAGCCUCUGUGCCUUGGGCAUUGACAGAUUCCAUGCGGCUACCAGCCCUCAAGCCAAGCUCCGCCCGAUUGAACAUUGCCACUCCAUCAUUGCCAAGCUGGCUGUCAUUUGGGUGGGUUCCAUGACCCUUUCAAUCCCAGAGCUCCUUCUUUGGCAGCUGGCGCAGGAUACCUCACCAGUCUCUGGUGUAGUGACUGACUACUGCACAAUGAAACCUUUUCAGGAGCUGCCCGAGUCCAUUUACUCUCUGGUUCUCACUUAUCAGAAUGCUAGGAUGUGGUGGUAUUUUGGAUGCUACUUCUGCCUGCCGAUCCUCUUUACCGUCAGCUGCCAGCUGGUCACCAGAAGGAUCAGCAGCACAGAGAAGACUGAAUGCCGUGGCAAUAAGCAUGGGCAGUGUGAGAGCCAACUCAACUGCACAGUGAUUGGCCUGACAGUAAUCUAUGGUCUCUGCACCAUUCCUGAAAAUGUCAGUAAUAUUGUUGUGGCCUAUCUGUCUCCUGACAUGACAAAACAGACCCUGGACCUAUUAAGCUUGGUCAACCAGUUCUUCCUGUUCUUCAAAUGCUCAGUUACUCCCGUGCUUCUACUAUGCCUUUGCAAACCCCUGGGGCAGGCCUUCAUGGACUGCUGCUGCUGCUGCUGUGAUGAAUGUGGGCAAGAAACUGCUUCCAGUGAUGGUGGUUCUGAAAGCAAAAUCAAAACCGAGAUGUCCUCAAAUAUUUUCUUUGACAAGACCCGAGAGUCACCUCCCCCGGUAGGGGCCAUUGGCACUCCAUGCUAAGUUCAAUCAUCCUAGUGGUAGACCAACAGCAGUUCUUCCGCUACCUUUUCCCAAGACCAAAAGUUGUGAUUUUCUUUUAGUAUUAAUUGGUGAAAUAGCUGGACACUGUAGGUGGGAGCUGGUGUCUAUUAUCUGCUUGUUCCAGCGCUGUCUUGUAAGAACAACUUAUGAACAAGGCAUCAUCAAUAGCUAUCUCUUCUCUGCUGAACAGUUAUCAAGGGUGCCCUUGACUCCCCUGAUCUACCACGAUAAGAAAGGCUGCUGUUCUGAAUGCGAAAGAUGCUGUGGAAACGCCCACUUGCAACCCUUUCAAGAACGGAGAAAUCACCUGUUUUAAAAGAGUUCAUAGUACACACUAACCUAUUCUGCACUGAUGCAGGACCUUACUGUCCUCUUCUUCAUGUCUGCUCCAGAGACAGCCUUGUAUACAAAGUCAGCACUAUCCCUAGCCUCAAUAAACCAGUAGACUAAGUAGAAAAAGGUUCCAGUCACUUUAUUCAAAAUGUGGUAGGACAAUUGAUCAUUCUGUCAGUAUUUCUCAAAAAAAUGAAUCUGUCCACAUUGUACGAACUAGAAUUCUUGUCUAACCAGGGAAUCAGGAUUUUCCACCAGGUUUCACUGUACCUUGUAUUGUAUUUGUUGUGGGGGGGGGGAGUAGAGGGAUUUUUUAAAAACUUCACACUAGAGGCCCCAGAUUGGGGUAUUUUGAUCUAUCGAUACUUUCAGGUGACUAUCAACACAUGCUGUACUUUAGUGUAGAUCAAUUAAGUCGUUGUGGCAUCAAUGGCAGCUUUCUUGGCAAUUUUCUCUGUUCUGUCAGGCAUCCAGCUUUUUUUCUUCCAUUUCUUAACCUUUGACAGUCUUUUCACGUUCAUUUUUACCAAGUUUUUUAUUUCAUUCUACAAUUCCUCUGGUUCCUAUUAAUGAGGCUCAGAAUUUUGAAGUGAAGGCUGAUGUUUUCCUUCAAAAUGAUUGGGUCAAGUUUGUACCGCUAGGAACUGUGUGGCUUUGUUCUUCUGCUUUAGUUCUUUCAUUUGGCACAUGCACAUGAUCUGUUCCACAGUUAUCUCCUGGCUCUUUCCUGUUGUAAUUGAGAUUUUCCAGCUCCUUUUGACAAUACUGUAAAGGUAGUCCUGACUUAUAACCAAAAUUGGGAUUGGAAUGUCUGUCACUAAGCAAUGUGAUUUUUGUUAAGUAAGUUACGCCAAAUUCUGUGACAUUUUUCUGCCAUACUAGUUAAGAAAAUCAACACAACUGUUAAGUAAAUCCAGUUUCCCCCACUGACUUUGAUUUUUGGAAACCCUCUUCCCCCGAGAAGGGUGAUUAUGUGAUUCUGGGAUCCUACAACUGUCAUAAAUACAUGUUGGUUUAAUCAUGUGACCAUGAAGAUGCUGCAACGGUCAUAAGUGCAAUAAGUGUAAGUCAAUUUUCUCAGUGCUAUCAUAACUUCAAAUGGUUGUAAAUCAAGUCAAUUUGAUUUCUGUAACUCUAUCUGGUGAUGUCUACAUAGAUGCAUGUUGUUCUGGUUGCUGCAAAACUGUUAGCGGUGAAGAAAUAGCAAUGAAGAAAUCAUUAGAUUGGGAGAAACAGGUAUAGGCAGUCCUAAUUUUACUACAAUAAUUGGAAUCGGAAACUAUUAAGUAAUGCAAUUGUAAGUUGAAAAACCGUAUGAUUGUGCCAUUCAUUAAUCAAUGACUUCACAUCACCAUGACUUCCUACUUCCUGCCAGCUUCUCCACUGACUGUUGUGGGAAUCUGACAGGAAGGUCAUAUGACUCCAGGAUGCAGGGAUGGUCAAAAGUAUGAGAUUCAUUCAUACAGUAACUACCGCUUGUUCAGUGUCAUUGUAAGUUUGAAUGGUUGCUGAAAGAAUGAUCACUAAAAGAGGACCUAUAUGUCAUUCUGCUUCAUUUGUUUCCUAGGCUAUGUAGCCCAGUUAUGUUUCUCCACCUCAUUCCAACUAUUACAAGUGACUUGUCAAUAUUGAGCCAAUUUCAACAGCAUUGCAAAGAUCUUCUUCCAGUUUAAAGUUUCACUUUAAGCUAGCAGUAAGUCAAGAGAUCCUUAAGAGGCCCAAGACACAUAUUCAAAAUUAUGAUAUGUGGGGCAUUUUGUAUCUAAAAGUCUUUUACACUCCCUGCCCCCAACCUCUUUAUGUAGUUCUCAGGGAUUUAUUUUUAUUUUUUUCUUAGAUUUUAAUUAUCUUCUUUUAGAGCAUUGAGUAACUUUAUGAAUAAAUCAGACCAACAGCCCUGAUGUCCAAAGUAGAUGAUUUUUGAUUAAUAGUAGUGGAUAUAUGGUUUCCAGUUCUCAUGUACACUGGGAUAUUCAGGUGGGAUUAAAAAUGUAGAAUUUAUCCUAUUGGAAAGCCUUGUUGGCAUUCAGUUGCAGGUCUGAUACGUAGUAUUUCUUGUAGCACAUGAAAUGUUUACAGAAUGAUGAAUUUUUGUCACUAUAUGGUACUGCACAGCUUUUUGUGGGUGACUGACAGUCAGUCAGAGACUUUGAGUUCAAUAGUGACAACUCUCUAUGCCAGUGGUUCCCAACCUUUUCUUGUUUGAGGCACAACCUUUUCUUGUUUGAGGCACCCUUGGAAAGCCUUUCAAAAGUUCCCGGCACCCUUAUAAGGAAAUAGAUAUUUAAAAUCUCCAUAGCUCAAAAGUUCCCGGCACCCUCAAAAGAUCUCACGGCACCCCUUAGUGCCGCGGCACACUGGUUGGGAACCACUGCUCUAUGCCUUUCCCCUCCUUGCACCAGCACCACAUGAAAAGGAUUUGGACACUGAGAAUCUCGCUGAAAUUUUUUGUACUUUCAGGAAACAGCUGGGGAAUAUUAUGUGUGUGUAAACCAAGCAUUUUCUAAUACAAAAGAUGGAAAGCAGCAAUUUAUUUAUCAGAGGGGAAGCAUAAGUAACGUCAAAAGGCAGCAAGCUUGAAUUAAGCAACGUGAGAUGCCGCUGUCAAGCAAUUUUCUAGUCUUCUCUAUUAAUCUAGCCUCUCCAAAUACAGUCCCCUGCAAGCAUAUUGGACUACAAUAUGUGGCCCAAGUGCUCUGCCAGGAAAAAAGGAGCUUUUGCUGGCAGAGGCACCACAGACAGGUCCUUCCCUGUUUCCAAGGCAGGCCCGCAGGCUAGAUCUAAGCACCCUACGGGCCAGAUCCGACUCGUGGGCCUUCAGUUUGACACCUCUGACCGAAACCAUCAUUCCCCUGCAAGAAUGCAAUAAAUGCAGCCCCACAAAUAAAUAAGGAACACCUAAUGGAGUAGCAUCUGCUGCUGUGCAGCCUCUUACUAUUUUGCCUUUCUCUUGAUCAGCCCUUCAGCAGAGUAUACAAUACUUAACACAUUAAAGGAAAAAGCCAUUUCUGUGUUUUAAACUACAGGGGCAGUAAACAACAUAGGGCCUUCCAGUGUUCCGAGCUCUACUUCCUUUUAGACUAGCCAGCACCAUUUUGGACUGUGAACACUGGAAUUCAACUAUAUACAGAGACCCAUGUAUUAUUCUUUACCUAAUAAGCAAGUGGGCUGUUUAUUACAUUUGAUUCAAGGGGGAGCAAUUUUUUCUUCCCACUGAGGGCAUCAGUUUCAGAUCACUUCGUGAACAGGUCUGAAGGAAACAGUGAGAUAUCAAUUCUGGUAUAUAUAUAUAACAAUUAGACCAAAGAUUGAUCAUCCCUGCAUUAGUGACCCCUCCCACUAGAUAGCAGUGCAUCAACCUCCUGUUCCUUCUAAGAACACAGAUUUCCCAUAUUUUAGGCUGCUGUUUAAAAUUUAUUUCAUUGAUUUCCUGAGAUUUAAUAUUGUUAACUCAGACUAGUAACACUGGUAUCCAAAAGAAAAGAAGUCUAACUCCAGGCAUACAAUCAAAUAAUGUUAUACAAUUGAGCAAUUCAAUCUAAACUAAAUUUUAGCUCUGGACUAUCUUGUGACUUUAACAUUUAGAGAAAUAGUAGGUGAAAUUGUUCUUGCCAUGGAGAUGAAGAAAUGGGAAAUACUCAACGUCCUUGAAUGUUAUGCAGCUCUUAAAGGUAGAGAACUUUUCAGAUAGUACUAAACCACAAUACCCAAUCAAUCCAAUCAUUAUUAUGGGGCUGAUGGAAAUUAAGUGUCUAAUAUUUGAAAAACGAAUGUAUUUCACCCUGUCUUAAAGGUACAGUCAUAUGUCCAGGAGGAAACACUAUUGGUUUCUUCCAAUCCAGUAUCUGAAAGCAAAGCUUUCACAUCAGAAUUCCUGAUAGUUGCUAUAAUUUUUAUGCUAUAAAGUCCGCAUUUUGCACACAUAUGAAUUGGAAGAGCUAUGCAGGGAUAUAGUGUAAUAUUUAAUGCUCUGUCAGAAGCAGGAAGUGAUUAUCCAGACUUUAAGAACUUACGUGCUCGAGGAUCCAUUUUAGUGAUGUUCUUACUAUCAGCAGCUGUCUUUGCAAGACAAGCUUUUUAAUGGUUACUUAACCAGUCAACAACAUUGUGACUCUACAAUACUGAAGCAUAAACUAAUCACAUAGCUUGGGUUGCUUUCAACUCACUGAAAUAAAGCAUGGCUAGUUUGGGUACGCUCCAGUAUUACUGGAUUUGUAAUUAUUCCAAAGUUGAUUGGAAUCACUGUCUACCAUCAUGUGUAUUUGUGUAAUAUUUAAACAGAUCAUAAUAUGAUUUUUCCCAAACUGCAUUUUUAUCCAGGCAAAAACUAUACUUGUUGAAACUGACAUAGUGGACUAGUCUUGAGGAAACUUGUGUUCAAGGUUCAUUCAACCAUGUGGUAAAGUGGGCUCCAUUAGUAUAUCUCAAAGUAGCCUAGUUCACAGAGUUGUGAGGAUAAAAGGGAGGAAUAGGCACACCAUCAUGAGUUUUUAAGAGGAAUAAAGGCAGAUAAAUCUAAGCCAUAAUAUUAAUGUGACAGUAUUACAACUAUAGCUUACACAUGAACAGAAUAUCUCUCUUAGAAGGAUAAAAUUUACUUCAUUUUUAGACAUAAGUAGUGAGUAUAAAUAAUAGCAAUUAGUUAUGAUGAGUGAGUUAGUUCAGAAUGUUUUGUUAUGGGUUUUGUUUGUAUGUAGUUCUUACUCAUAGAUGUCAACUACUUAGUGAUGGGAAAUACCUCUGUCAACAACAUGAGGAAUGUGGGAAGGGAAAACAAAUCUAAUAUUCACUGUGCAUUUCUGAAUUUAAGCGGUUCCUUCCAUUGUGCUAAAGGACUCAUUUGAAAAGCUGUUCAAGUAGUCAUGGUCUAGUGGCUUGAUUUUUUGAUAGGGUACUUACUUUACAUUUUAUCAGAUUUUGCUUAACAUAGUUAAUAAAACCACUAAGCUUUAAAACAGGGUAGAUUUACAAAGCAAAACAGCUACCAAAUAUCUACCUACACCACCAGCACACUAUGAUGUUCUGAUGUGUGAAUGAGACCAACAUUAAAGGGAUCAUUAUCCAAAUUCCAUCCCAAGAAAAGGAGCUGCCAUCCCUGUGCUGGUUUGUUGCAGAAUAGCUAAACUCCUUCAAACAAGCAAGCAGGGAGAGGUUCAGAUUUUCAUAAAGCUUCAAUAUUCCUGCUUGGUCCAGAUGUUUCUCUCUGUUCAGGGAUUGUUGCAGAAUAAAGCAAGCAUCUUCUCAGGAGCGUUCGCUUGGCCUGCAGCUCUUUUUGCUUUUUGGGGGGGGGGGCGGUGCUCCUCCCCUAAUUUCCCUGUGAAGAGAGACUCCCAGCUCAGUUUGCUGAGGGUUGAAACUCCCUGUAUUCUGCUUUCUUUGGAUUGCACCCUCAGAAGGAAGAAACGCCCAGAGAGAGGGAGGCAGUUACUAAGGGAUGGGCUGCAACUGCCACAAGGGGAUCAGUAAGGGCUUUGUAUAGGGAAUGACACCCACAGCCCUUUCAUGAGCCUGCUGCCAUGGAGACAAAGCCUCUGUCUAUGUACAAAGAAAGUGAUGUUUGGACUGCUGCCCCCAUUAGCAAACAGGAGAAUGCUUUCUGUCUCUUGAGGAAUCAUCUCUUCUUGGCCAACCAGAUUUUUCUCCCUUUCUAGCUCCCGAUUCCCCUCUCCUGAAAAACAGGGAAAAACCCCUUUGCUCGUCUAGACCAGGGGUCUCCAAUCUGGGCAACUU